AUGUUUGGUGGUCCUGUUCUCUACUUCGAGAUACGAUAUAACUCGUGCCGAUACCACGAUUCGCUGGAAGCUUCGCUGGGUUGGCUCACAGCAAGCCAGAUCUGGCUUCCGGCAAACGAUCUCAACACGGUAUGCUGCCUGUGGUACCAACCAGUAUCGAGACUUCAUAGGCACAGCAAAUUCAUUGCUAUCUGGGCUCAAUCGUGCGAAGUUCCCCCCACGACGACAAGCCCUGCCGACGACACGGCCCUCCGUGUAAGACAAUUACUAUAUGUCGGGGACUGGAGCCAGAUAUGGAGGCUUACAGUCGACGAUAAAGCUUCCGUCCGCCUUUCUCUACAACUCGUCCUGUCGAUUAUCGGUUUACUUUCACUUACAUCGCGACACUCAGACUAUAGAAUGACUAUGUUUCCCACUGCCGAACCUUUGUAUCGCCUGCUUUUUCCUGCUGCUUUACUCUGUCUUCUAACAGGACGUCUGGGGAGGGCAUCGACUGACGUUAGCGGUGGAAGCACUCAAAUUGGGGCGAACGGCUUCUUGUCAUCAUGUGUUGAAUGGGGUGCAUUGAAGAACGUAAAGUAUGAGGUGGCAGCGUACUGCCCGUCGCUCACUGGUCGAUAUCGCUGGUCCGUCACCGACUUGAACUCCUGUCUCGUCAACAUCCAAGGCAAACUUGUCGCGCAGGACGACGGGCUCUUCUUUCGCACCUGUGGGCCAUGCUGGGAAGACAACUCGACCUCAUCUUGGGCAAACUAUGCCUGCAGCUGCGAGAUAGUGGCGGGGCAGGGGCGCCACACUGCGGACGGAAUUAACCUCAGAAACGACGACGGUGUUCUCUUCUGCGGCAGCAAGAGAACUCAUGGACAAGUAGUAGACGACAGCAGAGUGACUAGAUCAGGCUCGGAUCUCUAUUUGAACGAUUCCUAG